UUCUUAUCCUCCAUCACCAUUUACAAAACGAUGGUGGUGGUGUCGCUGUGAGGACCGUUAAACGAAAGAAGAACACGACAUGGUCUCUCCGUUGUUGCAUCGAACUCCUCCUCCUCCCACUUCUUCUCUCCUUUUUCGCCAUCGGAGAACUAGGGUUUCUUGCUCCUCCUCUGCUCAUGUGUCAUUCAUAAAAAACGUAGCUGUCACCGAACCUCCUCUGCACCUCCAGCACUUGCUUAAUGUUCUUCAAACGAGAGGUGAAACUGUCAUUUCCCCCGGAGCUAAGCAAGGACUAAUCCCUCUCGCCAUCCCUCUUUCACAAAAUCUCUCAGGCUCCGUGACUGCACUGCUCAGGUGGCCGACCGCUCCACCCGGAAUGGAUAUGCCAGUUGUGGAAGUUUGGAGGAACGGAGUCUGGCUUUUAGCUAGAAAUGUAGACGAGUAUAUCCACCGGAUUCUGGUUGAAGAAGAUGCAAAAGAUGGGAGCAAACUGUAUCAUGCUGCAGCGGAGGCAGGCGAGACACUUUACAGAAAGGGUGAUUUUUCUGAAUCUCGAUUAGAAAAUCUCGACAGCUACGUCUUGAAAAAAGUCGGAAUGUUUCCAGAUGUGUUGGAACGGAAAGUAUCACGACAUUUUGAGGAGGGAGAUCAUGUUUCAGCUAUGGUGACAGGAGAAUUCUACACAAAGAAUGCCCUCUUCCCCGGAUUCGGACGGCCUUUUGUGUAUUACGCAAACAUCCUGCUGANGGUAGGCCGGAGCUCAGAGGCAAAAGACGCUGCUAGGGUUGCGUUGAAAUCACCAUGGUGGACUCUCGGAUGUCCUUACGAGGAGGUUGCUAGUAUUGCGCAAUGGGAGGAUGAACAGAUCGAAUACAUGAAGGAGAAAGUUAGUGAAGAGGGUCGUCGAGAGGAUCUCAAGAAAGGAAAAGCUCCAAUCCAGGUUUCUUUGGACGUGGCGGCUUUUUUGUUGGACUUGGCCUCCAUUGAAGGAACUUGGUCUGAUUCUGUAGACCAGAUUGCUGAAUGUUAUGCGGAGGCUGGACUCCAUGAAAUUGCCAGGUUCAUUUUGUACAGAGACUGACACUGAAUAUCAUCCAUUAGAACUUCCUGCAAGUUUCUUUUACAAUUCAUUGUCAUUACACACUGUAAAUUGUUCAAAACAUCGAGUCACAAACUAGUAAGCUUCAAGCCUGAGUUGUGGAUUA